AGUACUCGUCUUUUCUAUUGGUUUGAGCGCUUCGUUCAAAUUUGGGGGUGGAAUGUCAUCCAAAUUGUUCCAGAAAUCUUACCCUGUUGCUAUAUGGGGAAAUCCAAUAAGCACAGAGAAUGCCGAUAUUGCAUAUGGAUAUAUUCUUUUUCACUUUGAUGAUAUUUCCCCAUCAGAUCCAGAGCUGAUUGAGGCGCUAAGCAGUAUUUGGGAUGUAUUAUGCGGUAAAGAGAAAACGUUGCUGAAUAAAUCUCUGAAUUACUCGUGGUCCAACAUGCGAAUCGACAAUAUUCGAAUUACAAUGUCUCGUGUGCAAGAUCUUCGCUACACGGUGGACGGACAGACCUGGAAGGAAGCGAACUCCUUUCUCACGGGCGAGAGAGAGAACGUCGUCAUGGGGAAGAACUUCUUCGUCUGCUUCACCGCCCCCGACAACAACAACCUGCUUCUGCACCACAAUAUCACCAUCUCACGCGACCGCAAAGGUCAUCAUUACCUGUUCCACCACAGUUUCGUUCCAGGAAGCAGCGUUCGCCAAUAUUUAGGCGAUGUUUCCUUCGUUUCCUCCAUUUCGAGACUCUCCGGAAUGAUGUCUCUUCAUCCUCGCCUCCGAAUCGUUUCCUACAACGCUUGGAACACCAUGCCCGCAUCAUGGUUCAUCACCGGAGAACGGCGAUUCGACUGGUUCUACAAGCGAAUGCAGCUGAUGGCGGCGAAUCUCCGUGCAGCCGACCCGGAUAUCAUCGUUCUGCAAGAGAUUCGGUACGACGAAACGCUCGGGGAUCAACGACGUCGCUUUCAGCUUCGCCACUUAACAGAACUGCUUCCCGACUAUCAAUAUAUCUUCCAACCGGCGAACAUGUACAAUGAGCACGGUUCGCGCGUGGAGGAAGGCGUCGCGGUGCUUUCGAAGUUCCCGAUCCGCAGACAGGACUACAUUCUGCUCAGCCGCGACUACACGGACAAGCAGGACGAUCAUCAGCGAUUGGUCCUGCAUGCGCAGAUCGCCGUGCCGUCGAUCGGGACGAUUCACGUCUACGGAACGCACUUGUCGCUGUCGGAGGCGGCGCGGGAUCGAACGGUGCGGGAGCUGUCGGAUUUCAUCGAUUGGAACGGAGCCAAUGAGUUCUCGGUGUUCUGCGGAGACCUGAACGCGGAGCCAGACUCCGCCGCGAUCCGGUAUUUGAUUGGGAAAGGAGAGCUAGGCGGCAAGAGAACCAAUUACAAAGAUGCAUUCUUGCAGGUGCAUCCAGAGCCAAAACCGCGGUCACCAAGCGAAGGAGCGCGCGCAAAAGCGUUGACUUUCCCUACAGACAACCCGGUGAAGCGAAUUGAUUACAUCAUCUACAAACAGGGAAGUGGAGUGCAUGUGCGGGUUGACGACUCGCAGCUGAUUGGAUUGAAGCCAUGGAGCGGUACGGAGACGGAUGAUCUGAAGGCAGGAAUGAUGUCGAAGGAUAGUGCGUUGUGGCCGAGCGAUCAUCGUGGGGUAUAUGCUGAUUUCACAUUUUUGUUGCGUGUUUGUUGA